UAUGUGCUCACCCAAAUGUUCCCAUGUUUUGUUAUCAUGAGAAAAUGUGAUCUUGUCUAGUAUAUGUGUCCAGAGCUGUUACUCUAUGCUAAUUAGAGUUCUAGCUUCAAGAAUUCUUAGCUAGAUAUAUCUAGUUUUAGAAAUUCAUAGAGUUAGAGAAAUAAUACAUUGGGAUCUUUUAGAUGAACCAUCUUGUUUUUAUUUUAAAUUAGAAGUUGAUAUUUAAAUCACUUUACUAACUUAGAAUCUAAGGUAGAGUUGGGAACUGAAGCCUCGGCAAACAGCUUAUUAUUUUUCUGCCUUGAUCCUUUCCCCUGCAAUAGAUUAAUCUGAUGGUGGGCCUCGUCAGAAAAACGUCAUGCAGGGCUAGUGUGAGGCUUCGAGCCGACUGCCCUGGCGACCAAUGGCCUGGUGGGCCGGUCGCCGACGCCCAACGACUCCCGACUCAGUCUGCUGUCCGCCUGCCGAUGUCAGCCACCCGCCAGGCCGCGCGACGCCAAUCGAAACUGCCCGCCGCCUCCUCUCCUCCGUCAGCCUCAGCCAGUGCAGCGCGCGCGGGCAAAGUUUUUCCACGCGGCACCGCGUCGGUUUAGUUUUAAGUGUAAGCGAUCCGGCUUGCGAACAAGCCAAGAAAUUACGGCACUGCUCCCUCCCUCCCGCGGCGUCCGCGUCUCCUCUUCCUCACACUCCGGCUGCCGCUAGCCGCGCCCGAGUCACCGUCCUCCGGCCUGAUGGCACCGGACACCCCGAAACCUAAAAUUACUCAGCCUCCCCACCAGGACCCUCCUGACCCUCCGGACUGCCAGGAUUCAGAGAGAGGAUGCUCGCCUCCGGUUCUUCCUCCUCCUUCCUCCUCUCCCGCCCCCCACGGCCGCAGUACCUUCGUCACCGCCCUCAUCAUCGCCGGCUCGGUGCUCGCGUUCCUCGCCGUCUGCCUCUCCAUAUUUCUCUUCGUCCGCCGCAGGCGUCAGAGGCGGCUGGAGGCGCUUCUUGAAGCCACCUUGCCCCCUGCGCCGGCAGCCGCCUUCCCCGACGGCGACGGGGGCGGCGGCCCCGACCCCGAGGAAGACGCCGUGCACCACGCGUGGCACAUCCGGACCGUCGGGCUCGACGAGGCGGCGAUCGAGUCCAUCGCGCUCACGCGGUACCGCGCGGGCGCCGGCGGCGUGCUCGGCGCCUCCGAUUGCGCCGUCUGCCUCGGCGAGUUCCGGGAUGGCGAGCUCCUGCGGCUGCUUCCCAAGUGCACCCACGCGUUCCACGUCCCCUGCAUCGACACCUGGCUCCGAGCCCACGUCAACUGCCCGCUCUGCCGCGCCCGCGUACUGGACCCCGCCACCGCUGAGCAGCCCGACCCACCCGCCGAAGCCGACGCCGACGCCGAACGCGACAUCGGAGCCUUGGAACACGAGCAGCCGGGUCAGCACGCGGACGAUCAGCAAGAGCUGCGUGUCCAUAUCGAACAGCGCGACCAACCGAGCAGCUCGCCGGAGCAGCGGCACCGUCAGCCCGGUCCCCGGGGGCGCAACUUUCGCCGCUUUGCUUCUAUGGACUCACCGUGGCCGAUAGAGGCUCCGGAAGACGAGCAACGGGGUGGUGACGAGAAGCAGGGGACCGGUGGUGCUGUUUACUGCGAGUUAUCACCAGGCUCCGGCCAUCUGAAGAACCACCGCGGCAUGAAGCGGUCCUUGUCCGUCGGCAGCCGGUGGGCUCUCGCCUCGCAGCACUGCCGCAGGUCCUACUCAUUGCUGCCGUUGUGAUGGCGGCCGACACCUCUACCUGCUGCACGAAGACGAAUUUUUUUUGCCUGUAAAUGGUCACACGUGAGUGCUUGUUCUUGAGCAGUGUUGGUUGCACUCUGUACAGCUUUCGAGUUCAGAGCAGAGGGUUAAACACUCACAGCUGCAUGUCAGAUUAUAGAAAAGGGACCUCUCGUUGGAGAAUCUCCUCCUCGUCUUGAGACUUUGUGUUGUGAUGUUCAACUUGGUCUCCAUUGCAGGAUUGAAUCAUGGAUGCCUCCCUUCACAAGACUGCCACAUGCCCGCAUAGAGAUUCAAAUGUUCUUGGUGCCAUCAUAUUUUGUCUCUGGGUGAAAACAGAUCGAGUAUUGUCCAACCACGUAGGUGUGUGUGGCUAUGUAAUCAUCUUUUCGUUUUGAGACUUUUCAUAUUGUACAUUUUAAAGCUGAAAUUCCAACUAGUUACGAAAAAUUUCAAUUGUAAAGCACACCUUGGUGUUAUUGUUCGGAACCAUUAAAAAGGAUUUUGUACCUUGGUGUU